CUGACGCAGCUGGCAACAGGGCCUGAUGACAUUGUUGGUCAUUUUAUUUAACUCACGUUUGGGAAAUAAUCGAUGAAUUUGUGAUCAAGAGAGUUUUUACCAUUCAGGAUGUAUUCGAAGGUAAACAAGACGUCUAGAAUGGCUGGAAAAGGAGUAGACUUUGUUAUAUUCUAUGCACAUGAUGGGAAGGACCUGGCUGCGUUCAUACAACAACGGUUUGGUGACACACGGUUUGGGUGUUCUGUUGAAACUGUGGAUGUCGCUGACAUGAGUAAGGUUAACAAUAACCAGACUGCCUCCACGAACUGCAUAGAAGGCAGAGUGAAUGUGGUGGUCGUCUCGCCGUCCUUCCUGGCUGGAGUCACUUCUUCGGGACUAUUCCUCCAGGAUGUCUUGCUCAGGUCGACGGAACGAACAGCCGUCCUCUAUUUUUAUGUGGAUGUAACUGAAGCUGAAAAGGUUGUUCGUGGACUGAGUGACGACGCGGGAAUGUGGAUUCACAAGGAUGUCGGAAACAGCAAAGAAGCACUCCGUGAAUGUCUUGUGACGCUCAUGACGUUAUGCGAGGAGGAUAAUGAUGACCAGCUUCCCAUGCUAAAGACUUUCAAACUGAUGCCAACGGUUGUAACAUGGAAUGUGGAUAAGGUGUACGUGAUGUUCUCAAGGGAAACUCGGGGAUGUGUGGAAAUACAGCAGGGCAAGUCGGACAAGAUCGUUGCAACUUUCUACAACCCUUACACAUAUUAUUUCAAUCCCAUGGGUGUUUACACGGGCGAGACGGAUGUGCAAGUGUUCGUGAACGGGUGUCCAUCGGGCGUGGAAACGUUGGUGUACUACUCUAAGCUGACCGAGUUUCAGUACCUCCUGGAUGAAGUGAAUAGGCCCCUGGAUCUGUUGUGUCAGUCAGUGUUGGGGGACAAUAACUGCAACAUUGGGAUCCUUGACCAAACUCUGUGCCACAUGUUCGGCAGUGCCAGUAGCUUCACGACAUUACAUUGUGAGGAACAUGAAGUACCAGAACAAAUAGAUGUUGACCGGUUGGUGAUUUUGAAUUGCUUCAUAGGCAAAAGAGAACAGGAUUCACCAACGCUACUGCAUGUUGCGGCUCGGUUUGGACUGAAGGAGUUGUGCACGUCCAUACGGGACACACCCGUGGGAAAACUGGCCAGCAAGAUCAAAAAUAGAGAUGGUCUCACACCAGCAGAUAUCGCACUGAAAUUUCAACACAUCCGGCUUUCUGAAAAUCUGAGGGAACCAUCGAUAGCACAGACAGAAAGAGAAAUGCUAGAAGUUGCACAAGACAAAGAAGCUUAUUGUGACAUGAUGAAAGACGAAAGUGGUACUUUAAAAGAAGUGAAGGGGAAGAAGGUCUAUCAAGAUAUCAGUGCUUCAAAAGCUCCUGACAGCGUCCAGAGAUCAAUGUCAUCUCCAGCCGCCAAUACCUACAUGGCCAUGGAUAUGGUGGGCACAGAAUUUCGCACAAGAAUUGGUGUGAGGGACGACAACAGCAAUCCGGUGCCUCCGACCGUCAAGCUGAGGAAUCGCAGCAGAACACUCAACAAUGAGACAUCCCGAGAAUCAGCACGUAUAUCGAUGAUCAAGGAAGAAGACAUACUGUUCUUGCCACGUGUACCCGCAAGAAGGGAAGACAGACUCUACGCAUGCAUAAGAGAUGUGUCAGAGCCGACGCAACACCGAAAAUCCUAGAGGAGUUGUCUUAGACUGACGAAAUAAUAAGAGAAUGCAAGGGAGAUUUUUCAAGUGUUUGACUGACAUUGUAAUGAUUCUAACUCCGAGUUCAGAAUACAUUAAUAGAUUAUACACAUAUUACCAUGGUUAGAAAGAAAAUGAACAAACAACAUGUUUAAGAUAUAUACUAUGAAGUACAGCUAAUGUAAGUUUUCAACAGGUGUGUAUUGUAGUCGUGAAAAGAAUCACCGAUCGAAUCCAAGCUUUGAUGCGGUCCUGGUUUAUGGUCUGUCACUUGUGUACGACUGACGUCACCUUUGAUUUACACCAUCUGGAGUUCAAAAACACCAUACUGCUCAAGAGCGGAUUGAGAGAGCAGAUAAGGCCAAGCUAUAAAAAUCUGACUUUGCGCAGGCUCACUGAGAUUGAACGAAUAUGAGGAAAGUUGUUUGUGCUGCAUGAAGGAGCCGAUCCAACACGGAUAAACCCCCAUUCUUCUUCCUGUAUAUAGCGGAACGUUUGCUCAGCUUGGUACUAUACUUGGACAUGAACUUAUACAAUGCACAAAUUAUGAAUUAAGUGCUGUGACAUAGGAAAGACAUGAAAAGGAUACUUUUAGUAACGUUAGCGGAGACUUUCACGAAAUGUGUACACAUUAAAAAAAGUGUUGUUUUCAACAUAAUGUAACUAAGUAUUUCACGUUCAAUAUAUGCGCACUAACAAAUUAUAAAUGUAAAAUGAAACGUUUUAGCGUAAAAGCAAGUGCACAAUAAACAAUGACAUCGAUAGAAACUU